AUGGGAGAGAAGAGGGGGGCAGCAGAAGGUGAGGCAGCAGAAGGUGAGGCAGCAGAAGGCGAGGCAGCAGAAGGUGAGGCAGCAGAAGGUGAGGCAGCAGAAGGUGAGGCAGCAGAAGGUGAGGCAGCAGAAGGUGAGGCAGCAGAAGGUGAGGCAGCAGAAGGUGAGGCAGCAGAAGGUGAGGCAGCAGAAGGUGAGGCAGCAGAAGGCGAGGCAGCAGAAGGUGAGGCAGCAGAAGGUGAGGCAGCAGAAGGUGAGGCAGCAGAAGGUGAGGAGAAGGUGAGGCAGCGGAAGGUGAGGCAGCAGAAGGUGAGGCAGCAGAAGGUGAGGCAGCAGAAGGCGAGGCAGCAGAAGGUGAGGCAGCAGAAGGUGAGGCAGCAGAAGGUGAGGCAGCAGAAGGUGAGGCAGCAGAAGGUGAGGCAGCAGAAGGUGAGGCAGCAGAAGGUGAGGCAGCAGAAGGUGAGGCAGCAGAAGGUGAGGCAGCAGAAGGUGAGGCAGCAGAAGGCGAGGCAGCAGAAGGUGAGGCAGCAGAAGCAGAAGGUGAGGCAGCAGAAGGCGAGGCAGCAGAAGGCGAGGCAGCAGAAGGUGAGGCAGCAGAAGGUGAGGCAGCAGAAGGUGAGGCAGCAGAAGGUGAGGCAGCAGAAGGUGAGGCAGCAGAAGGUGAGGCAGCAGAAGGUGAGGCAGCAGAAGGUGAGGCAGCAGAAGGCGAGGCAGCAGAAGGUGAGGCAGCAGAAGGUGAGGCAGCAGAAGGUGAGGCAGCAGAAGGUGAGGAGAAGCUUACAGCUUAGCGCCUCACCCGCGGCUCGCAUCAUCCGCUGCUCGCAUCACCCGCUGCUCGCAUCACCCGCUGCUCGCAUCACCCGCUGCUCGCAUCACCCGCUGCUCGCAUCACCCGCUGCUCGCAUCACCCGCUGCUCGCAUCGCCCGCUGCUCGCAUCACCCGCUGCUCGCAUCGCCCGCUGCUCGCAUCACCCGCUGCUCGCAUCGCCCGCUGCUCGCAUCACCCGCUGCUCGCAUCGCCCGCUGCUUGCAUCACGCGCUGCGCGCCUCACUCGCGACUCGCCUCACGGGCUGCGUGCCUCACGCGCUGCGCGCCUCACUCGUUGCGCGCCUUACGCGCUGCUCGCCUCACACGCUGCUCGUCUCACGCGCUGCUCGUGUCACGCGCUGCUCGCCUCACGCGCUGCUCGCCUCACGCGCUGCUCGCCUCACAAGCCACUUCGUUUGUCAAAACGUCUCGCUUUCAUCGGGACCGCCUUCUCUCGUUCGUCCCCCUCAUUUCCCCCCUUCUCCCUCUCAUUUCCCGACCUGGUCCCCCUGAUUUCACCCACUUCUCUCUCUCAUUUCCCCCCUUUCUCCCUCUUAUUAUCCUCCCUUCUCCCUUUAAUCUCCCCCUUUCUCCCCCUCAUUUCCCCCCCUUCUCCCUCUCAUGUUCCUCCCUUUUCCCUCUCAUUUCCCUCCUCCUCCCUCUCAUUAACCCCCCUUCUCUCUCUCAUUUCCCCCCCUUCUCCCCCUCAUUUCCCCCCCUUCUCCCCCUCAUUUUCCCCCUUCUCCCUCUCAAAUUCCCCCCGACUCGCUCUGAAAUCCCCCUCUUAUCCCUCUCACCCCCCCCCCCUCCCUUCGCCCCCUCAUUCCCCCCCCUUCUCGCCUUCAUUUCCCCCCCUUCUCGCCUUCAUUUCCCCCCCUUCUCCCCCUCAUUCUGGUAUCGUCCCUCUCAUUUCACGACCUGCUCCCCCUCAUUCCCCCCCCUUCUCUCCCUCAUUUCCCCCCUUUCUCCCUCUUAUUACCAUCCCUUCUCCCCCUCAUUUCCGCCCUUCUCCCCCUCAUUUCCCCCCCUUCUCCCCUCAUUUCUCCCCCUUCUCCCCCUCAUUUCCCCCCUUCUCCCUCUCAAAUUCCCCCGACUCGCUCUCAAAUCCCCCUCUUAUCCCUCUCACCCCCCCCCCCCUUCACCCCCUCAUCCCCCCCCCCUUCUUGCCCUCAUUUUCCCCCCUACUCCCUCUCACUUCCACCCUUGCUCCCUCUCAUUUCCCCCCUUGCUCCCUCUCAGCUCCCCCCCUACUCACCAUCGUUCCCCCUCCUGCUCCCUCUCAUUCCCCCCCCCUUCUCCCCCACAUAUCCCCCCUUCUCGUUCUUAAACCCCCCCCUCAUCCCUCUCAUCCCCUCCCCCCUUCUCCCUCUCAUUUCCCCCUCUUCUCCCUCUCAUCUUCCCCCCUUCUCCCCCUCAUUUCCCCCCCUUCUCAACUCUCCUUUCCCCCCUUGCUCCAUCUCAUUUUGUCCCCAUUCCCCCUCUCAAAUCCCCCCCUUCUAGCUCUCAAAUCCCCCUUUUCUCCCUUUCUUCCCCCCCCCCUCUUCUCCCUCUCAUUUCCCCCCUUGCUCCCUCUCACCCCCCCCCCCCCUUCUCGCCCUCAGUUCUCCCCCUGCUCCCCCUCACUUACCCCCCUUCUCCCUCUCACUUCGCCCUCUUCCCACCCUCAUUCCCGCCCUUCUCCCUAUCAUUUCCCCCCCUACUCCCUUUCAUUUCCCCCUUGCUCACCAUCGUUUCCCCCUUCUCCCUCUCAGUUCCCCUGCUUCCCUCUCAUUUCCCCCCUUCACCCGUUCAUUUUCCCCCCUUCUCCCCUUCUUCCCCCCUCCUUGCUCCCCCUCCUUACAGGGUGGUUCCAUUGUUCGUGA